AAACCCUAAAAUAAGAAUAUAGCCAGCACUAAACAGAAUGCGCAGGCUGGAGGUGCAAUCCAAAAACCAAUUCUCCGAUCCUCUCCAAGGCACAAGAAACCUGAAGGCAUUGAGUGGCUCUAGGUCAAAGAAUGUGCAAAGCCAUUCUACUCCCUUGCCCGUCACCCCAAAGCCAAAGCCUAUAUCUGACAAUGUACAAAAACAGAUCAAGCAGAAGAGAAAGCGGGAAGAAGUCGAAAGUGAAAGUGUCGCCAAGCCUUCUAGGGGUGGGUUGAAACUCCGAAAACGUGGAUGUGUUUCAAUGCACCGCGUUGUGAAACGUAAGAUAAAUGGACAGAAACCAACGGUUUUGUUUAAUGAUAAGGGACAACCGUAUGGCGUGGCUGCUGUAGAGAUGCAAUCUUAUAUUGGAGUAUUGGCAAGGACAAAAGCUCCAAUAUGGUUUGACACUUGGAGGCAAGUUCCGGUAACCAUCAAGAACAAGAUUUGGAAAUCUGUCACGGUAAAUAUAACCAUACUAACACUUGACUAGUGCUUACAAAAUAAAUAACUUGAUCAUUAAUUAUAUACCUGUGUUUUCCAACUGACUUAGUCUAGUAAAUUCCAACCAUGUUU